AUGCCUUCAAGAAUUCACGUCAAGUUUGUUACAGAGCGCAAGAAAUAUUUGGAAGAACAGAUACAAGUUCUGGAACCUAUGUUGGGAAAUAUAAAAAAUGUUGUUGCAAAAAGUAAGGCGUGGCUAGAAGAAAAAACUGACCAAUCAUCUGUCAGCUACAUCGAGCUAUCACAAGAACUGGACACAGUAGCCACGGCCUUGUUGGAUGUGACGUCACAUAUUUUAAACGAGGACAACAUGGAUGUCAACAAACCAACGCCAUCUUUACCACAGCCUGACACACAGACAUCAGCAACAUUUCUAUCAGUAGAAUCACCAAGACAACUCAAGACACAAGACAAAAAUACAGCGGUUGAAGAACAUCCUGACCUAGAGCGUAGACUCGCCUAUAUUGAAACAACACUAUCUUCACUACAGGACACACAACAUAAGUCUACAGAUGACAUAUCAGAAAUAAAACAAUGGAGAGACAACUUUGUAACAGAACAGAGUGACAUGGGGGUAAACAUUGAACAACUGACUAAAAAACAAAAGCAGAAUUUUAAAAACCUCAGAAAACAAAUGAGUGAACAAGAUAAAAAAGUAAAGGAGCUGAACAAAGAAAUUGAAAGUACAAAAGAAAAAGAAUCCAAAGUCAAACAAAACACUAGAGAAACUGUCUCUUGAUAUGAAAGGAUAUGAAAACAAAGUGCGCGAAAUAAACAAAGAGAUGCAAGAUAUAAGAGACAGUAUGAAAGAA